UGUGUGUUUUGCUGAAUAUUUACAGUUCGGUACGGCUUCACAUCCCUUCUUUUCUUCUCACUGAACUUUGUCAACAUCGCAUCCAUGCGCCGAAAGCGGCACUGCUCGUUAAAGGCGUUUUUUACACUUCCUGCGAUAAACGCAAAUACUUCUGUACAGAAAUAUGAGAUACGGCGCUGCUCUGCGUUUUUCUGCGUGACGAGUUUUUGAAAAAACUAAAAGUGCCGUUUUUCAGGCACGUCGUCGGACACCUGUGCGCAGCGCAAGGACCCCGCUCGCGGCUUCCGGCUGGGCGACAAAGCGCUGCUAGCCGAGCGAACGCUGCUAACGCGGCUCGCAGGAGGCGGCUGCAGUUUCAGGUUCAGCUUCGCGUGUCCCUGCGCCCCGGCCGGGGAUUCUUGUUUCGGAGGGAACGGCGGGAACGGAAAGUGCGAGAACCGCGGAGGACGCGCUUCUCCGCAGCUUCACUUAAACUUUGUGCUGAAGUUGAGCCGGACGUCCUGUGUGUGUCCUGCUGGCCUGGCGGCCCCGGGCCUCUAUGUAGUCGCGUCGGCGGGGAGAGACGGACGUGCGAGCGUCGAGCGGCCCCCGCCCGGGGCUUCGUGAGGCGGCGCUGGACGGCGGGGCUCGGCGACCGACUCGCCCUGCGGCCUUCACCUCCACCUCCAGCUUCCAGUUUCGACUCCGGCGUCGGUGCCUUUAGCUCCUCCGCCUCUCCCUCGGGCCACUUACUAAGUCCUAAGUUAGUUUGAGGCGAAAGAAGAAGGAAGUUCCCUCGCGUCUCGGCAGCGCUCCCCGCUCACUCAGGCGAAACUUUCAGCUUUGGCGGCCCGACUCGACUCGAGUGGAAAAGAAGCGCCGGCGUUUACCGACCGAGUUUACCGCGUUUGCCCUCGGGCUCAUGACGGUGGCCCCUCGACCCGAGCUCCGCUAGCCGAGCCCCCCGGCCCGAGCCGCCCGCCACACAUUACUGCAAUGGGCGACGGCGACGACUGCGACAACAUGGAGUACUUCUACCAGCAGGUGGCGCAGCGGGACGUGAGCCGCCGUCUGCAGGUGGGUCCCGAGCUCAUCUGCUCCCUGCGCGACUCGCGGUGCCUCUCGGACCUGGAGCAGGACCGACCCCGGCUGGACAAGACCGUGGACGAGCUCACGGGCUGGGUCAACUCCAGCAACUACAAGGUGGCCUUGCUGGGCAUUGACAUCGUGGGCACGCUCGCGGACCGAAUGUUAGAGCGCUUUAAGGGUUAUCUGGGUGCAGUGCUGCCUGUCCUCAUCGACAGACUCGGCGACUCCAAGGACCAGGUGCGAGAGCAGUCGCAGGCCCUCAUCUUGCGGCUCAUGGAGCAAGCGGCCCCUGUUAUGUACGUGUGGGAGCGACUGCUGCCCGGCUUCAAGCACAAGAACUUCCGCAGUCGAGAGGGUAUCUGCCUUUGCCUGAGUACCACCCUGAACAUGUAUGGUGCUCAGCCUUUGACCCUCAGCAAAAUUGUCCCGUUCCUCUGCACGCUGACAGGUGACCAGAAUGCUCAGGUUCGAGAGAUGGCGACAGCUUCCCUGGUGGAUGUGUACCGCCAUGUGGGGGAGAGAGUGAGAGCCGACAUGAACAAAAGAGGCCUUCCAGCUGCUCGGUUGCAAGCCAUUUUCAGCAAGUUUGAUGAGGCGCUGAACUCUGGCGAUAUGGCGCUGACCCUCGGCCAAGAUAAGAGCUUUGAUGAUGACGAGUCGGUGGACGGGAGCCAGUGUGUCUUCAAGGUUCCUGCCAGCAAGAAGCCCGGCAGUAUGGUCGGCAGCACCCGGCACCCGAGCACCUCCGGGGCCUCCAAGCUCCCAGGUGCAUCCAAGGAUGGGGCAGGAGCGGUGGAUGAAGAUGACUUUAUCAAGUCUUUCACAGAAGUGCCCACUGUACAGAUCUACUCUACUCGUGACCUGGAUGACAACCUCAACAAGAUCCGUGAAAUCCUGUCGGAUGACAAGCAUGACUGGGACCAGCGGACCAACGCGCUGAAGAAGGUGCGCUCACUGCUGGUGGCCGGGGCGCCUGAUCAUGAGUGCUUCUUCCAGCACCUCCGCCUCCUUGACGGCGCCUUCAAGCUGUCGGCCAAGGACCUGCGCUCGCAGGUGGUGCGUGAGGCCUGCAUCACUGUGGCCCACCUCUCCACGGUUCUGGGCAACAAGUUUGACCACGGAGCCGAAGCCAUUGUGCCUAUAUUGUUCAACCUGAUUCCCAACAGUGCCAAGGUGAUGUCCACGUCGGGCGUGGCUGCCAUCCGCAUCAUCAUCCGGCACACGCACGUUCCUCGGCUGAUCCCGCUCAUCGCCAGCAACUGUACGUCCAAAUCGGUGGCUGUGCGAAGGCGCUGCUAUGAGUUCCUGGACCUCCUGCUGCAGGAGUGGCAGACCCAUUCCCUGGAGAGACACACGGCAGUCCUGGUGGACAGCAUCAAGAAGGGUAUCCGGGACGCGGACGCGGAAGCUCGCGUCGAGGCCAGAAAGGCAUACUGGGGCCUGCGGCAGCACUUCCCCUCGGAGGCGGACGUCUUGUUUCACUCACUGGAGGCCUCGUACCAGCGCAACCUGCAGUCAUGUGUGCAGGGAUCGCUGCCCCAGUCGGACCGCUCGUCCUCCAGCUCCCAGGAGAGCCUCAACCGACCUCUGUCUUCCAAGUGGUCCGCAGCUCCAGGGAGAGUUCCCACCACCAGCAAGACAACGGUGUCACCAGCGUCCCUUCAGCGUUCCCGUAGCGACGUGGAUGUCAAUGCCGCCGCCGGAGCCAAGGCCCGACAUGACAGGCAGGCAGGGGCCUCGGCACGGCUCGCCACCGCCGGCCUCCCUGCAGGGACCUAUGCCUCCCUAGACGAUGCGUCGUCUCAUAAGCUGGAUGGUCGCCUGCGCACUAAGCAGACUCUCUCGACGGUGUCCGGCACGGGCAGCAGCCAGGUGGACUCGCGGGGGCGCAGCCGGUCCAAGGUGGUCUCACAGUCCCAGCGAUCUCAGUCUGCUGCCCCUGCUAGUGCGGGCAGCAGGUCGGCCUCCCCGGGCCGGGUCCUGGCUAGCACGGCUCUCAGCACUGUGGGGGCCCAGCGUGUUGUGGCCGGCCCCGGCUCCCAGAAACGCAGCCGCAUCCCGCGGAGCCAAGGCUGCAGCCGGGACUCCAGCCCCACACGCCUUUCUGUAGCGCGAGGCAGCCGAAUCCCUCGGCCUAGUAUGAGUCAGGGCUGCAGCCGGGAGGCGAGUCGCGAAAGCAGCAGGGACACGAGCCCUGUGCGCUCAUUCCAGCCCCUCGCUUCCCGCCACUACUCCAGGUCUGCAGGGGCUCUCCACGUCCCUGACGUUUUUGGGGCUGCAGGGUUGGGCUACGGCAUCAGUCAAUCCGCCCGUCUCUCCUCAUCCAUCAGUGCCAUGCGGGUCCUGAACACUGGCUCCGACAUGGAGGAGGCGUUGGCCGAUGCUCUGCUGCUAGGAGACGCCAGGACGAAGAAGAAGGCGCCAAGGCGGCGGUACGAGACGUAUGGGAUGUACUCGGAUGACGACGCCAACAGCGAUGCGUCCAGCGUCUGCUCGGAGCGUUCGUACAGCUCCCGCAACGGUAGCAUCCCUACGUACAUGCGGCAGACGGAGGAUGUGGCCGAGGUGCUCAACCGCUGUGCCAGCACCAACUGGUCCGAGCGGAAGGAGGGUCUGCUCGGCUUGCAGAGCAUGCUCAAGAGUCAGAGGACCCUGAGCCGUGUGGAACUGAAGCGCCUCUGUGAGAUCUUCACGAGGAUGUUCGCCGACCCCCACAGCAAGCUAGAAGCGGGGCGGGCCAGUCUUGCGAGCAGGGCCUAUGGCUCGGCAGAAUCCGGUAUAAGUUCAGCCUCUUUUAAGAGAGUGUUCAGUAUGUUCCUGGAGACGCUCGUUGACUUUGUCCAUGUGCACAAGGAGGACCUGCAGGACUGGCUCUUUGUCCUGCUCACCCAGCUGCUGAAGAAGAUGGGUGCCGACCUGCUGGGCUCCGUACAGGCCAAGGUGCAGAGGGCGCUGGAUGUCACCAGGGAGUCCUUUCCCAAUGACCUGCAGUUCACCAUUUUGAUGAGGUUCACCGUGGACCAGACUCAGACACCGAACCUGAAGGUGAAGGUGGCCAUUCUGCGGUACAUCGAGACGUUGGCCCUCCAGAUGGACCCUGGAGACUUUGUUAACUCCAGUGAGACUCGUCUGGCAGUCUCGCGCAUCAUCACCUGGACCACGGAGCCCAAGAGCUCUGAUGUGAGGAAGGCUGCCCAGUCGGUGCUGAUCUCCUUGUUCCAGCUCAACACCCCGGAGUUCACCAUGCUGCUGGGAGCAUUGCCCAAAACCUUCCAAGAUGGUGCCACCAAGUUGCUGCAGAGCCACCUGCGCAGCAGCGGAAGCAACAGCGGCUCUCAGGCUGUCACGGGCAGUCCCCUCAUCCGACACACCCCCCGCUCCCCAGCCAGCUGGUCCAGCCCCCUCACGUCACCCACCAGCACCUCGCAGAGCGCCCCGUUGCACAGUGCCUUUGACUAUGACACCGAGAACAUGAACUCGGAGGACAUCUACAGCUCGCUGCGCGGUGUGACGGAAGCCAUUCAGAACUUCAGUGUGCGCAGCCAGGAGGACAUGAGCGAGCCGCUGCGGCGCGAUGCCAAGCGAGACGGCGAUGGAGAUGCGGGUGGCGUCUGCGGAUCCGAGUCCACGGUGGACUCCGGCCGCACAGCUCUGGACAACAAAACGUCGCUGCUGAACACGAUGCCGGUCCUGCAGUCGAGUCCACGCGGCGUACGCGACUACGGCCCCAUCGGCUGUUCGGACUCGUCCUUCGGCUCCCCCAUCAGCAAGAGCGCCUUCAAGGAGGCCAUGUUUGAUGACGAAUCUGAGCCUUUCCCAGAGGACAGCGGCCUCGACCAGUCGGAGCUGGUGGCGGAGCUGCUGAAGGAGCUGUCCAACCACAACGAGCGUGUGGAAGAGCGCAAGGCAGCGCUGUGCGAGCUACUGAAGCUGCUGCGUGACGGGCAGCUCCUCGUCUGGGACGAGCACUUCAAGACUAUCCUGCUGCUCCUGCUGGAGACGCUGGGGGACCACGAGCAUGUGAUCCGGGCGCUGGCGCUCAGGGUCCUCAAGGAGAUCCUGCACCAGCAGCCGUCGCGCUUCAAGAACUACGCCGAGCUGACUAUCAUGAAGGCGUUGGAGGCCCACAAGGACCCGCACAAGGAGGUGGUGCGGGCAGCGGAAGAGACUGCGGCCAUGUUGGCGAGCUCCAUCAGCGCGGAGCAGUGCGUCAAGGUGCUGUGUCCCAUCAUCCAGACGGCCGAGUACCCCAUCAACCUGGCCGCCAUCAAGAUGCAGACCAAGGUCAUCGACCGCUUGUCCAGGGAGAGCCUGCAGCACAUGCUCCCCGAGAUGGUCCCCGGGCUCAUCCUGGGCUACGACAACUCGGAGAGCAGCGUACGCAAGGCCUGCGUCUUCUGCCUCGUGGCCAUCCACUCUGUCCUCGGGGACGAGCUGAAGCCACACCUAACCCAGCUGUCUGGGAGCAAGCUGAAGCUGUUGAAUCUGUACAUUAAACGAGCCCAGAGCGGCUCCGGCGACCCCUCAGCAGACACUGCAAGCCAGGGCUUGUAAGGCAGGAGGAGAGAGGGACGCCCCCUGGUGGUCUGCCAGAAGAGAAUGGAGAUGUUACUGGGAAGCUGUGCGCAUAUGCGCGCACGCGCGCACACACACACACACACACACACACACACCUUGCCUCUGCUAUGCAUGUAGCCUGUUACGGUGCGCUGCUGGAACACGCUCUGGGGUUGGCCAGGACACUGUCGGAGGAGCACCCCUCCCUUCUCCUUGCAUUCUCCAGCUACUUCCUGUUCCUCGCGUCGAUUUUUCCGAGCCUCUGGGCGCCUGCAUUUGACCACUUUUCAUUUAUUUGAGUCACAAAAAUCACAGAGAUCUGAAGGUGUGAGACUGUUGGCAACCAUGAAGGCAGGCAGGAAGGAAAGAAGUGAAUAAGAUCAGUGUGCCCCGGGGGGUCCUGCUCACAGUGAGCUGAGGGGUGGUGGGGUUGCAGCUUCAGCCUGAGAGGAUGGGGCGAACGGGACUGACCUGUUUACAAACCGGUGCGUCUGGGCAGCUGUUCUCUCUGCAGUGUACUUGGUGUCCUUGCUUUCAGUGGGGAAAGUCAUUGGGUUACUCCCCCCCCAGUGCGAGCGCCCGCCCGCCCACACACACACACACACACGCGCGCACAUGCGCGCGCUACAGACUGAGGGAAGCGGACGGCGUACUGUAUGUGGUUCCCAGUGCAGUGUAUUGGGCAGUGACGUGUCUGUUCGCAGUUGAAAGCUUUGCAUUUAGACUGAAGGCUUUGUUUUUUUUUCCCCCCUUUUGUGUCCACCCCCCCUACCUCAACAGUAAAGUUCACACGGAGGCCGAUGGUACGAACACGUUGGACUGCCAGCAGCUCUUGUGCUCAGGCUGCUGCCGAUAGUCCCACGGUGUUGCGGGGAAGUUGGGGGCCGAAGUGUCCUGGUCUUACUGUUGUACCUUGACGCGAUGGUACGAUGAGUCGCUGAUCUGGCGCCGCCAUAGCGGUCGAACGUCUCAGGCCCCACCGGCCUGCUUCUGCUCGUUUGCGUCACCCGCGGAGGAAGGGGCUUGGGCAGCCGGGCGAGCGAGCGGACGCCGAUUGUGGGCAAUCGCUCAGAUGUGUUCUUGUCUCUGCUGCGUAUGUGGGGAGAGGCUGCCGACGGUGAGCGGACACGCGUGUCCUUGUGCUCUCCUGUGUCCGCGUCUCACCUCUUCUCUCCUGCCGUUGUCUCUGUUUGUUUCCUUUCCUCCUUCCUAUGACCAGUUAGUUCAGUUCCACUGUUCCCUGUAUUUAUACACCUGCUUACAGUUGUCCAAAUACAGCAAUAAAAACUGUACAGAAAGUGACCUG